AAGUGAGCCGCGUGCGUGUUGACGAGCGAGACUAUUUCAGUAGCCUAUUCAGAUUGCGCCGAAGGAAAUUUCUUCAUUCUCCUUUAUGUCAAUUGAGUAAYUUACUUUUGUGUGUGAUGGGCGUGAAAUGUGAUACAGUACCGACAUGAAGUCCGGAGAGGACACGGAUUACGAGGGAGACCUAAAUAGUUUGCCCGACGACUCCAACUUUGUCAAACCUUAUUUAUUAGAACUGAGACAGAGGGCACAGAAAGACAUCAUCGACCCGCAGCAAAGCUUGAAUUGGUCCGAAAGUUUUCUAAUAAAGUUUCUGCGAGCGAGAGACUUUAAUGUUGAGCUGUCACUGAAGCUACUCGUUAAUUACCAGCGUUGGAGGAGAGAGUGCCCAGAGAUCAGUGCCAACCUGCAGCCGUCCUCUGUCCUGGGACUCCUCCAGAAUAACUACCAUGGAGUGCUGAGGGACCGGGACCUCAGUGGCAGCAGAGUGCUCAUCUAUAGGAUUGGCCAGUGGAACCCCAAAGACUUCACAGUGUACGAGGUGUUCCGUGUCAGUCUGAUCACAUCUGAGCUGAUCGUCCAGGAGACGGAGACCCAGAGGAAUGGACUAAAAGCCAUUUUUGACAUGCAGGGAUGGUGCUUCGCUCACGCCCUCCAGAUCAACCCCUCCCUGGCCAAGAGGAUCUCCUCUGUGCUCACGGACUCGUUCCCUCUGAAGGUGCGAGGAAUCCAUCUGAUCAACGAGCCCAUAUUCUUCAGACCCGUCUUCGCCAUGCUCCGCCCAUUUCUGCCUGAUAAGAUUAAACAGCGGAUCCACAUGCAUGGCAGCACCUUCAAAGAGACUCUGAGGGAUUUCUUCUCCGAAGACAUCCUCCCCCAAGAGUACGGGGGCAGCGGUCCCUCCAUGGAAGAGGUGUGUCAGGAGUGGACCUCCCACAUCCUGCAGUCUGAGGAACUCCUCACCCAGCUCUCCAUCUACCCUGCAGGAGAUGAGGUCACCUCUGACCCAGAACCUGACAGCCAGUCUGCCUACAGCUCCUGACUCCCCAUAGACUACACAUCCCAGAGUGCAUCUCACUGACCAACCACACAACUCGUAGCAUCCUUCUGAAGUCCAAUUCCAAUUUCUUAUACCUUCCUUCACCUUCUUUUUUAAGGGAAGUCCAAUCGAUAUGGUUGGGGUGCACAACUUGAGCUCUCGGUCCAAGAUUGUCUGCUAGUUUUGAGUUUACAUGAGUAUCCUGUUUAUUUAUUUAAAGUUUUUACCAGUAGUCGAUGAAAAGAUAGGAUGAUGACGAGGGAUGCUCUGUAGGAGCUAGUGCUCAAAAUAGUAUAAUAACACAUUGUGUUUAAGUAAUAACACAUUGGAAUUGGGCCUAGACUACUUUUCUCCAUCUCAUCUGUUUUAUAGGUUUUGCAAACAUGUAUAUUAUUAGGACGGCAGGUAGCCUAGCGGGUGGGAGCGUUGGGCCAGUAACCGAAAGGUUGCUGGAUCGAAUCCCAGAGCUGAC